UGAGCUGGCUACGUUGGCAAACGUUCCCUUGACGCUCUCCUCGCGUUGCCGGCCUUCAUGAGCUCCCUCGCCCCCCUAACCACCGCAAAUUCUUGUCCUGGAACCUUCAUCCUCUCAUCUCUCUCCGGAGCCAAUCCUUUCGCGCUACAAGGCGUUCGAUCAUCUCAGCGGAACGUUUCUAGGGUUCAAAUUGCUGCCCCCAGGACGACACCGAGCAUUUCGCCUGCGACGGGGAGAUUCUUGACCGUCAAUCUAUGCUCCAAGAAUGAGCAGCCCGAGGUGGAGGUCAUUCAUUGUGAGGACAAAAAGGAAUUGCCUUGUAAUUUGGACGAGAGAAAUAGCAAGGCAUCGAAAGGAUUUUCGUUGAAUGGGAUAAUGCAGAGGUUAAAGAGAUAUGGAGUUGCAGGAGUACUCUCCUAUGGGCUACUUAACACCGUAUACUAUCUGACAACGUUUUUGUUGGUUUGGGAACUAAAGGCUACUACAGGUGGCUUAACUAGCUGCAAAGUUUUAUCCUCUAGCAUGAGAGGAGAUACUGUAAUCUUUUAUUUCAGGGUUUUAUUUCUCACCUGCGCCUGGAAAAAUGGGUUAUCCUGGUGA